UCGCGUGCUGUGACCCGAGAGCGGGGAGGGCGGAGACUGUGCGGGAGCGGAUCCUUUGGCCCGCCCUACCGAAGUCCGCGAGGCAGCGUGGUGACCGCUGUCCCGUCCCGUUGUCCCGAUGCCGAGCGCCAACGCCAGCCGCAAGACUCAGGAGAAGCCGCGGGAGGUCAUGGACGCGGCGGAAGAUUUUGCUAAAGAAAGAUAUGGAGUAUCUUCAAUGAUACAGUCACAAGAAAAAUCAGAUCGAGUUUUGGUUCGGAUUAGUGAAUUGACAGUACAAAAAGCUGAUGAAGUUGUUUGGGUGCGUGCAAGGGUUCAUACAAGCAGAGCUAAAGGAAAGCAGUGUUUCUUAGUCCUGCGUCAGCAGCAAUUUAAUGUCCAGGCUCUUGUGGCAGUGGGAGACCAUGCAAGCAAGCAGAUGGUUAAAUUUGCUGCCAACAUCAACAAAGAGAGCAUCGUAGAUGUAGAAGGUGUUGUAAGAAAAGUGAAUCAGAAAAUUGGAAGCUGUACACAGCAAGAUGUAGAGUUACAUAUUCAAAAGAUUUAUGUUAUCAGUUUGGCUGAACCCCGUUUGCCCCUGCAGCUGGAUGAUGCUAUUCGGCCUGAGAUAGAAGGAGAAGAGGAAGGAAGAGCUACUGUUAACCAGGAUACAAGAUUAGACAACAGAGUCAUUGAUCUUAGGACAUCAACUAGUCAGGCAAUCUUCCGUCUCCAGUCUGGCAUCUGCCAUCUUUUCCGAGAAACUUUAGUUAACAAAGGUUUUGUGGAAAUUCAAACUCCUAAAAUUAUUUCAGCUGCCAGUGAAGGAGGAGCCAAUGUAUUUACUGUGUCAUAUUUUAAAAAUAAUGCAUAUCUGGCUCAGUCCCCACAGCUGUACAAGCAGAUGUGUAUUUGUGCUGAUUUUGAAAAAGUUUUCUGUAUUGGACCAGUAUUCAGAGCUGAAGACUCUAAUACCCACAGACAUCUAACUGAAUUUGUUGGUUUGGACAUUGAAAUGGCUUUUAAUUACCAUUACCAUGAAGUUGUGGAAGAAAUUGCUGACACAUUAGUACAAAUAUUCAAAGGACUUCAAGAAAGGUUUCAAACUGAAAUUCAGACGGUGAGUAAGCAAUUCCCAUGUGAGCCAUUCAAAUUUUUGGAGCCCACUUUAAGACUAGAGUAUUGUGAAGCAUUGGCUAUGCUAAGGGAAGCUGGAAUUGAAAUGGGAGAUGAAGAAGAUCUGAGUACGCCAAAUGAAAAACUGUUGGGUCGUUUGGUAAAGGAAAAGUAUGAUACAGAUUUUUAUAUUCUUGAUAAAUACCCAUUGGCUGUAAGACCUUUCUAUACCAUGCCAGACCCAAGAAAUUCUAAACAGUCCAACUCUUAUGACAUGUUCAUGAGAGGAGAAGAAAUACUGUCUGGAGCUCAAAGAAUACAUGAUCCUCAGCUGCUAACAGAGAGAGCCUUACAUCACGGAAUUGAUUUGGAGAAAAUUAAGGCAUACAUCGAUUCCUUCCGCUUUGGCGCCCCGCCUCAUGGUGGUGGAGGCAUUGGGUUGGAACGAGUGACUAUGCUGUUUUUGGGAUUGCACAAUGUUCGUCAGACCUCAAUGUUCCCCCGUGAUCCCAAACGACUCACUCCUUAAAGAAACCCAUGCUUUAUAUUUUGUCCAGUAACCUGCUAUUGAUCAGGCAGCACCUUGGGUACUUAAAAUAUGCUUAUCUAAAGUGCCACAAUUACUUUUGGACUAAUUCAAUAUAGGUUACUUUAAAAGAAAAGAUUUUUAUAACUUUGGACAUGCUUCAGUAGGAAAUAGUUAAACAUUUUAAUGAAAAAGUCACAUGAUUAUGUUAAAAAUUAAUAUUUGCAU